UCAGCCUGUGCAGUCAGUUUGCUUCUGUUCGGAUCGGUCGGCGGUUUAGUACGCCUGUUUUGUCCCGUAUCGGUAUCGGAUGUCGGUGGAGUUGUAAUAUUACCUGUUUGUGGUGUAUACAGUAAUAAUAGUAGCAAACGGAAAAAAAAAAGAGUCAGGCGAUAAAAUUGCUGUGAACACGAGGUGAACGAAUGUCAAUGGCGACCUUUAUUCUUUUUCGGCACGGUCAAAUGUAGCCUUUGGCAAACCUUCGGAUAUAUUUCGAGUCCAUAUAGAUUAUCGGGGUGCAGUUUCAUCUUUGAUCUUUACGGUGCGUCAGCAGCAGUAGCAGCAACACGUUUCCGCACAAGUGGCCUCCGAUUGGCUUUAUAGGGAAAAGUAUUUUCCACGUGUGCAGAUUCUCAAACCAGUGAAUGCUGCUGCCAGUGUGUGGUUCUUUGAAAUGUGCGGUGUUGGACGGCUCUGAGGGAAGAGAGUAGAUGGAAAAUAUUACAAACAAGUGGGUUACGGCGUGAUACAUGGUGUUUAGACCUUUUACCGCAACCGUAUAGGAGUAGUGAUGGAUUUUAAUUGAUUAUAACUUUUUAUUCAGAGCCGUAAAAUAAAAUAGUUUGAUGGUGUUGUUAUUUUGUUAGCAGCUUGCAGUUAUGAAUUGAUUUACCAGGUGUAGACAAAUGUGGACAUAGGAUGUUUCCUACUGGGAAAGAUUUUGAGUACUGAUGCCAUGGAUUUUAUGUCAACAAAAGAUUAAAUUCCAGCAUCGGUAACGAGCAAGGUAGAAUAAUUCAUCAUCUACGGUUGCUGAGAAUCGUCAGUAUGGCGAAAUGUGAAACGUGGAGCACAUGGCACUGCUUACACGGAUAAUGUAAUUUCAUGAUUACAUGUUAACCGCUGAUCCGAAAAGCGGUAUCACUGGAUGGAAUCAUCACACUCCGGAUGUUAUUGGAUUACUGAUUGAGCUGCACUGGUGGCGGAAAGCUGACACCGAGUGAUAGAUUGUGACUCAGGAUUCCGGAGAUGGUUGCUGUUACGUUCUUAUGAGAUAUAUUGAUGUAAAGUGUUAAGUGUACACAAUUCAGUGUUGGGCCUUUUUGGUGUUGGCUGUGAUGUGGAACGGGAAUAGUUGAGAUACCACGACAUGUUCACGCUAGGAUUCUAGUUCACUAAUACUGAAUCAAAACACGCUGACUAGGUGCGGCAGGUAUGAAUCUGUGAUGUGAGAGGAGGAUAUGUUUGAAUAGGAGAGAUCGAAAUCAAAAAUGAAUUUUAAACCAGGACGGCCUUUAAAUUGAUCAAAACUAAUUUCUGUAGAGAAGUGCACUACGACCGCUGCGUUGACCGUCGCAACACCAGUAACUAUGGCAGCAGCUGAAGUACAUAUCAACGGCUUGGCAACACUCUCGUUCACCAUUGUUGUAUUACUAAUCAAACACGCCCACGGGAUUGAUUGCUUCAAAUGUGUAUCGAUGAACGGUGCGAAUAAAGCGUGCGAUGACCCAUUUCACAACAAUUUCUCGACCGCCAUCCUGGAGUCACCGUGUAUGGGCGGACGGAAGGGCCGGGAUGGACUCUUUCCUGCUACGUCCUGCAUCAAAAUUGCUGGCUAUUACGACGACACCGGCGAAACCAUUACCGUUCGAGGAUGUGCCCUGGACAGUGGAACACUGACUACCGAUACGGAAAUCAUUCGGAUGUCCCACUGCGGUCGGUUCUUCUAUGACGAUAGAUAUGUCCAUGGGUGUCUGCAGAGCUGCAACGAUGCCGAUGCAUGCAACCGUAGCUCCAGGCCGUUAGGUGACCACUUCCUUGCUGGCACUCUCUGUUUGGCAGCACUAAGCCUGGUGCUGUACUACCAAUACCGGCAGCUUGUUCCCGUGUCCACCGAGCGGUUGCAGUUGGGCGCCGGAAGCUAACAGACGAGGAUGUAGCCACUCUAUCUUCAGUGUCGAGUAAAAAAUUUAUGAAACCAGUAAAACGUCGUAGCAUUUAGUUAGCUGCAUCCUAGGGCCAUCUGCUGGUGGCAUAAUUAUAUUCAAACUAUAAGCAUAAUGCAGUAACAGCAGUACAGUAGGUUUUUCUACACGGCAGCAACAUUUUGUCACGGCUUUCACAUUUUUUGUACACCUGUACUCACGAUAAACAACCUUUGUUUUGUAGAUGAGAAUGCUGAUCACCGAGAUUCGACUAACUACGAGCAAAUUUCACGACCAACAAAUAUUUCUCUAGAUUUACAGUAAACAAAACACAUGGAAUGCUUUCAUGGAAACUUUAUAAAUAAAAUGUACUUUGUUAUAAGAUUUUUAUCCGCACCCAACAACAGAAGAAACCCGAUUCACUGUAUUCAAACUAUGGCUAACAAUAUUGUUAUGAUCAUAGAUACAAGAUAAUGGAUGAAAUCAAAUAGAUGAAAACAAAAUCAGUCAACAACAAACGUUACUAAAAACAUUAGCAUAUAAUCGCAGGUUAUCAUUUAGGUAAUAUUCAUCAUACCAGAUUAUAGUACUAUUGACGAUUGUCCGAAAUGAAUCAAAAGAAAAAAAAACAAGCAUCUUUCACAGAAGGAAGCCUCAACCAAAUCAAACUGUAUACACUGCUACAGUCCACCAGUUCACAGGGAAACGUUCUGGGAAAAGACAAACAAAUGGUUUGAAUAAUUAAACAUCAUUAAAAUUCUGCGCUCGGAUAAAAUUUUUUUCACCGGCAGGAAAGAGAAACGAGCAAAACUUUCCCCUUGUUCGGGGAAAAUAAAUGCCAUGGUCAAACGCUGCUCUGUGUAAAGUUUUGACAAAAGAAGGCAGAAAAAAAGGAGGGAACAAAGUCGUUAAAAUUAAUAAUUUUUAAUAUUACACCCAUUGCCACACUCUGAAAAUCUGCUCCAAACUACGCUAAGAUACUAAACUAUUCAAGGCGCAUACACUCGCACAGCCCUGAGGGAUAUUCGCGGUAGUAAAUUUGAAUUUACAAGGAACAACGAAAACUUUUUUGUUUGUGUUUAAAACAAAACAAUUAUCUGCAUUUGAUAUCUAUCCUAUGUAAACCAAUUGGUUUCAUUCAGAAUGUUUUCGCAACUGUAGAUGACUAAUUCAACUAGGUAAAGUAAAAAACAGGUACAUAGAGAGUAGUCAAGAUGAACAGGACGGGCUGCAGAAGGACCGCUGCUUUUUCACGGAAUUCUACAAUAAUGUUUAUGGCAGUUACGUGCCAACGGUACUUUCAUAAUUUCGUGAUAUCCUAACAACUCCGGAUCGGAGAAACGGUUGAAUAACGUUAACGUUCGUUUCGUCACAGUUCAAAAGGCUUGUUAGAUGGAUGAUAGACUGUUCAACGCGUAAUUUUGUUAAGAUUUUUUUCCCUGGCCGAAAUUGGAAAAUCGGAACGCCUUAACGAAUUCUUUAUUCUUGUUUAUGUGUAGUACAAAAAGAAGAAAAAGAAUGCAUUCUCAUAACUAAAUCGUUAUAAUAGAGAGGUUUCGUUAACCAAAUUUUAUUCGCCUUAACAAUGUCUUUUAUUUUUUCAAACUUAUCUCUAUUUAAAUUUUAUUUCUUUGAAAUUUUAACUAUUGAAACGAAAAUGAACAACAAAUGAAAUGAAAAAUACAUAUUUUUAAAACUGUAAGUGGUGAAUUUCGUUAACUGAGGUAAAAAUAGGUGAGGAGAUGGUGGAUGGUUUUUCAACUAGUUAAAUACCUACAUGUGUUAGUGAAAUCGACCCCUAAUACUAGCGCAAGUAGAAGAGUCUAGAUAUAAUUUGUAGUGCUGCUACUAGGCAGUUUAAUGAGUACCUGAAAAAUGAAACACAGAGAUGUUUUUUGACCAAAGUCUUAGUCUAUCUAGCUUUUUAUGCUCUUCUAACUUUUUUACCGUCCGAAAGUACUCGAUCGAAAGGUCUCUAAAAUACGAAUCAGUUUCAGUUAUGAGCUCCUCAUUUAAGUAAAAACGGUUACCGGUGAGCCACCUCUUCAGGUUAGGGAACAAGUAAUAGUCACCAGAUCUGGUGAAUACGGUGGUUGAGGAAACAAUUCGAAGCCGAUUUCAUGCAGUUUUGCUUGUGCAACUAAGCAUGAAUGAACAGGCGCAUUGUCGUGAUAAUAGAGGGGGUUUUUCUUCUUCAAAUGCGGACGUUUUUCGGCAAUUUCGAUUUUCAAUCGGUCCAGUAAUGAUGAAUAGUAUGCUACGGUUAUGGUUUUACGUUUUUCAAGGUAGUCCACGAAUUUUAUGCCACGUACAUCCCAAAAUACGGAGGCCAUAACCUUACCGGCUCAUUGUUGCGCUUUUGGAUGCUUCUGAACACUUUGGCCCGUUAAAACCGACUGUUUUGCCUGUUGCGUUGACUCAGGAGUGUAGUAAUGGAUCCAGGUUUUAUACAUGGUUAUGAACCGGCGCAAAAAACUGACCGAGCUCACGCGAAAAUAAUGCCAAAUUCUGCUGGGAAGUCGUCACACAAAUUCGGUUUUGGUCCACUGUGAGCAAACGCGGCACCCAUGGCCACAGAGCUUCUUCAUGCCCAAAAACUGAGAGCACGAUAUUUCCCACGCGUUCCAAUGACAUGCCUACAGCAUUAGCUACCUCUCCCAAUUUCACUUUGGAAUCAUUCAACAUCAUCUCAUGGAUUUUUUACGUUUUCUGGUGUAGUGACCUCUUUUGGGCGCCCAGAUCGUUCAGCAACGUGCUCAUGCUCGUACGGACACAACCAAACUCGGUAAACCACUUAUGAAUCGUUCCAAUCGACGGUGCAGAGUCCGGGUAAUACUUAUCCAGCUUGGCCUUGGUCUCAGAUAUCGUGUUUUUGCGUAGAUAGUAGUGUUUGAUCGAAAAUCGAAUUUCAGGUUUUUCCAUUAAAAAAAACUCAGAGGUUGGUCGCUUCUCAGUGCUGUGACUUGUAAAUGCGUAAACAUAAAUGGCUGAAGUUUUGACAGGCGUCAUUUGCUGGAUCAAGCUCGACAAAAAUCUUAGAAUUUCCAGGUACUUAUCAGACUGCUUAGUAGAACCCGUUAGGACUCAACAUGCGCGAAACGUCAAAAAUACUUACUAACUUUCCCCUUAGGAUUUCACCUGCGUCAUAAUGUUACGCCAACACACUCGAUCUAUGAAAGCUUGUCUCCAAUUUCUUGAGAGUCUCACGUUUCCAAGAUCAUGCUCCACUUUGUCCAAUCACCUAGCUCGUGGCACUCCCCUUCAUCUUUUUAAGGCCGGAUUCGAGACAAACACCAUUUUUGCGGGAUUGAUGUCCGGCAUUCUUACAACAUGUUCCACUAAUUGUACCCUUCUUGCUUAAGCGUUUUCUGGAUACUGGGUUCGCCAUAGAGAUGCGCUAUCUCGUGGUUUAUUCUUCGUCUCCAUUCUCACAUACUCUGUCGAAGAUGGUCCUAAGCACACGUCGUUCAAAAUUGGCCAGUGCAUGCGAAUCUUUCUCGAGCAUUGUCUGUGUUUCGUGCCAGUAGCUGACUUGAAUUCAAGCGUCUUGUACAUAGUGCACUUGUUGAAGUUUACCAGACCUCAAGAUUUUGUGGAGUUCGAAGAAAGCACGACUUCCAGCUACAAUUCGUCUGCGGCUUUCUUUGCUGUAGUUGUGGAUUUCUCUUCUGCAGUGCCUGACGUUACCAUUGAUCCGAGGUGCACAAAAUCGUCAACCACCUCGAACUCUAUACCGUGUGAAAUGAAUGAUAGAUGAAAAAAAAGCACCUCGAACUUCCCUCUGCUAGCAGGUACUUAGUCUUCGACGUAUUCAUCUUUAAUCCAACCUUUUAUGCUUCACAUUCCAGUUUAGGGUACUGUUAAGCAACCGUCUACAACGUCCUUCCGACAAGGUAUACUUCAUGAGCGAAGCAGAUCGUGCCCCACACGUUAAAGGCCGCACUUUUUAUAACACCUUCAAACCCAAUCUAAAUCCGAACCCAAAAAACCGUCACUCGUCGAAGUAACGCAUCCGAAAUCUUCCCACAGCACUGUACACCAUCCAUCGUGCCCUUGAUCAGUCUUGUUAGUUUCACAGGGUAAUUAUUUUCGUCCAUAAUUUUCCAUAGCUUUACACGGUCUGUACUAUCGUAAGCAGCCCCAAAAUCGAUGAAUAGAUGGUGCGAGGGAACUAGAUAUUUGCGACACUUUUGGAGAAUCUGCCGCAGCGUAUAAAUUUGGUCCGUUGUCGAUUGCCCAUAUACAAACCGGCUUGAUAACCUUCCACAAACUUUCUUGCUGGCGGCGAGAGGCGGUGAAAGAUGAUCAUAAUACUCCCUUUAACCACUCCUCCGGUAGCUGCUCUGUAUCCCAGGCUAUCAGCUGUUGCAGAUAGGAAGUCAACCUUUCCUGGCCCAGCUUGCAAAGCUCUUUCGCGAUGCUAGGCCAGCUGAUUUGUUGUUCUUGAGCUGCUUGAUGGCAUCCCUAACUUCACCUAUCGUAGGGUGGAACGGUGGAACCAGCCAUUACGUCAAUUCUUUCCGACGAUUCAAAAGCACCUUCCGCUGCGCUGUUAAUGGUUGCUUUUACUUUACCGCAGCAGUCCUCUAGUAGGGUUUCGACGUGCUCUCCCUAAUCUGGUAACGCUACCUCAAGGCUUUGCACGUACACAGUGACGACCUCGGGGAGUUUAAGCCGCUCCAGAUCAUACCGUGGCGGGCGACGGCAGGUUAUGUUGUUGAAAACCACAAGUAAUCGAUUUCCGAUUCGAUCUGUUAUGGUGAUCUCCAAGUGUACCGAUAUGGGAGGGUUUGCUGAAGGUAGGCAUUACGUAAUGUAGGCAUUACGUAUGUCAUGUUCUGGGUAGCGUCCCCGUGGUUCUGUGGUUAUUGAUGUUGGUAGGCUAGCUCUCCCACACGGUUGUGAUGUCGGGUUCGAUUUCCGAUCAGGUCGAGGAUCUUUUCGAGCUGGAAAUUUUCUCGACUCAGCACUGGGGCAAGCACUUAUCCUACAACAUGUAAAAUGUGCCAAAAAAAUUUCGAUAACGAAUUCUCUCAACUAAUCUAGUUGAUCGAGAACGCUAUUACCCCUCUAGGCUAGCGUGCGGUAUUGUUGUUGUUCUGAGUAGCUAUCGUAUGCACGCUCCAGCUGUGCGUAAAAGGUGUCACUUUCUAGAUGAGGGUUGUAUACAAUAAUUAUGCUAACGUUAAAGAAACGGCCUCUAACUCUUAACUUGGAUAUUCUGUUGUUGUUUUGCCCCCCACAGUGAAAGCUGUGCCCUGCUCGUAUUUGUUGCCGCAGAUCUGGUAGAAGGUGUAACUCCCUUCAGCAUACCUCCUGCAGCGUUGCUGUGCCGAACUUGCGGACCCUCAAUAAGUCGUAAAAGGGCGGAUACUUCUCAAAAAAUUAAGGCACUUGCAGUUCCAUGAUUUGAGUUUCCAAACGUUGGUUUUUUGUUGCCUGGGUCAUUGUCGUUUGUUCCGGUCCGUAUUUAUGUUGUUUGCUCCCAGUACUGAUGAUUUUUUUUUUAUUCUCGCUUAUUUUCCGUCGGUCUAGUUCCACCACUUUUGUUGUGCCAAUCACCGACGCCCGGGGAGGCGACUCCACCCAGGACCCCAACUUACGACCCGUUGUAUAACGAACCGGCGCCAACGGGUUUACUUCCUCAUGCGAUGGAAGGCGUGAUCCCAGAGAUUUUUCGCCUCAGAAAAUCUCCCGGUGUCGGCUAGGGUUCAAUCUAGACCAGUUGUGUUGGUUGUGAGUGGAUCACGCCACCCCACAACCAUCGACAUCAAUGUUGGCGUUGGGAUCCGAACCCUGGCCACCAGCGUGGUUGGCGGAGAUGUUAUCAACUACGCUAGGCCCUCGCCUUUUUACGGCUGGUUAGUAAGGCCUGCACCAACCCUCUGUCUCACCGGAGGACCAUCGUGACAGCACUAUUAAGAGUUCCACACUGGCAGCAGUACACUGAUCAGUCGCCUCAAACAUGGAGAUCAGACGCUGUUUUGAGCUGCACCAUUGACGAAGCAUUUCCGCUACGACCGAAAAAUGGUUGGCGCACCAAUGAUCGCGUCGCACCCUCUAAUACAGUUAUUGACUGAUUGACAAUAUUAUCCGGGCUACGCUAACCUGCUGUGUUUAUAUUUUAGUUGGUAGGCGAGUGGGCGGGGUUUACCGGAUCUCGGUAGUUAAUUGCCAAGAACGGCACCACUGAGUGAUCGAUUAAAAAAAUAAUGAAAGAUGUCAUAUUUUUUCGUAAAUCUCGGUUCACCAAACUGAAAUUUCGACACAAAACAUCCGAAAUCUCGGUAGUGAUAGCUCGGUCGGUUAGGUUGAACCGAGAUUUAUGAAAAAAUGUGACAGCUGUCAUUUAUUUUUUAACCGAGCACUCGGCCGUCAGUGUUGUUAGUCUCACUCAUGAACAGCAUGCAGCCCCUCAAAUGAGGUUCUCGUAGCUGCAGAUCCAAGUAUAAAUGACAGUUCUAAAAGGUAUGCUAUUCACGUCGAUGCAUAAGUAUUAGUGAGCGUUAUGAACUUUUUCAGAUUUUGUAUGAAAUUUGAAAUGAUUAUGCAUUUUAAACAAAACUUAUAAAACAUACUUUCCUGAAAAGUUAUAGAAAUGAUGUAGAAACAUGUUUUAUUUGUGAGAAAUACAUAAACACGCUAGGGUUUAGGUAAAAUAUGCUGUUUUUCAUCAAUUUGCCGGUAACCUUUUUGCACUUUUCGUUUUUUUCUUGUACUCUAAUAGCGCUUCUAAAUAGAGUCGCUUUUGUUUCAUAGAUUAUGUUUCAAGAUUAUGCUCCAACUAUCAGAAAUAUAGCAUUUUUAUAUAUUUUAUUUCGACAUAUUGUCGCAAUUUUUCACACUAAAUCUAAAUUAAUAUCAAUUUUUAGUGUGUUUCAACUGGAGAUUCACUCUCCAACUAAAAAAAUCAGAUAUAAAACAACAUAAAAUGAGAAAUUUCCAAAAAUGUUUUGAAUUCCGUACAAAACGCGAAAUUUUUCAUAACGAGAUUUGUUUGUGUGCGUGGAUAGACAAAAAUGUAGCAUACCUUGUAGAACUGUCAUCAUACUUGGAGCCGGUGGCGCUGAGCUUCCAAUGACCAGUUUAAAUUCCUCCUCCUGAACAAUGUGAGCGUUGAGAUCUCCGAAUAAGAUUUCGACGUCAUGGUCUGGGUGGCUAUCGUAUGCAAGCUCCAGCUGUGCGUAUAAGGUGUCACUUGCUAGAUGAGGGUUGUGUACAAAAAUGAAGCUAACGUUAAAAAAAAACGGCCUCUAACUCUCAACCUGGAUAUUCUGUUGUUGUUUUGCCCCCCACAAUGAAAGCUGAGCCCUGCUCGUGUUUGUUGCCGCAGAUCUGGUAGAGGGUGUAACUCCCUUCCAGCAUUCCUUCUGCUGCGCAGCUGUGUCAAGCUUGCGGACCCUCAAGGCACUUGCAGUUCCAUGAUCCGAGUUUCUAGACGAUGGUCCGUUUUUUGUUGCCUGGGUCAUUGUCGUUUGUUCCGGCCCGUAUUUAUUUUGUUGUCUACUGAUGAUUUUUUUUAUUCUCGCUUAUUUUCCGUCGGUCUAGUUCCACCACUUUUGUUGUGCCAAUCACCGGCGCCCGGGGAGGCGAUUACACCCAGGACCCCAACUUACGACCCGUUGAUUACCGGACCGGCGCCAACGGUUUUACUUCCUCAUGCGAUGGAAGGCGUGAUCCCAGAGAUUUUUUGCCUCAGAAAAUCUCCCGGUGUCGGCUAGGGUUAACCAGUCGUGUUGAUUGUGAGUGGAUCACGCCACCCGACAACCAUCGACACCUAUGUUGGCGUUGGGACUCGAACCGUGGCCACCAGCGUGGUUGGCGGAGAUGUUAUCAACUACGCUAGGCCCCCGCCUUUUUACGGCUGGUUAGUAAGGCCUGCAUCAACCCUCCUGUCUCACCGGAGGACCAUCGUGACAGCAUCUCCAAUAUCUCGGUUCACCAAACUGAAAUUUCGUCACAAAAUAUCCGAAAUCUUGGUACACGCAAAAGUUGAAGUCUUGUACAAUCAUUGUGUCUUCCCGAUUCGCACAAAUGUUGCACAGAAAUCGCACAAUAAAUGUGUGAAACGCAUAACGCAACAGUUGUACUGCGAAUACAUUGACAUAGAAUGAAAUCAGAAUAUGUAUCAUAUACCGACACUUUAUUUCUCACGUCGAGUGUAUUAGUGACUAGACUAGACACAUCACAUACAAUUUGCAGGUUGCUCUUUCGCUUCUCUUUCGGUUCGGAUUGCGACGCGCAAGGCGAUAUUUCGUUGCUUCACGAAAUGAGCGAGACACCCGUGCUGUACAUACUUGAUACCAUAGUGUUGUUAGUCUCACUCAAACUGUCGGUGCGUGCUUGCUGCUAUUCAGAGGAAUGCAUGAAGAAGAAAAAGUAUCUCGAAAGCGUGUGUGCAAAAGACUUGAAAAGCGUAGCAUAUGUCUCGUCCACAAGCAGAAAGGAGGAGAAUGGUUUUGCUUCUCGCUCGCUUUGCAAUGCUGCUUGAUACCAGUUGAAACUGUUUAGGUGUAGUAGUUUGGAGCUGCCAAAUACAUUGGAAAAACGCUAGAGCAUUAAUUGCGUUAUGCCCAACACGCAAUCAUUGUACUGGUUCCGAAUUACAUCAACAAUUGCGCUAAAAACGCACAAUUUUGUACUGGUUGCGCACCAUCCAACUUUUGCGUGUAGUGAUAGCUCGGUCAGUUAGGUUGAACCGAGAUUUAUGAAAAAAUGUGACAGCUGUCACUCGGCCGUCAGUGUUGUUAGUCUCACUCAUGAACAGCAUGCAGCCCCUCAAGUGAGGUUGGUUCUCAUAGCUGCCGAUACACACGCUGGAGUUUUCUCCAAUAAAGCUAUUUCUCGUUCUUUCUCGCUGUCUUCCUUGCUCGCAUUCGCUCCCGAGAUCAUAUGCACACACGCGCGCUUACCCUUUUACUCGUGUGUAGUCCCCUUCCCGCGAGCACAACCAGCCGAGUACAAUAGUUUCAAGAUGCAUUACGAUAAUUGCGGAGGGACAAAAAAAAAUAUUCAAAUACGGUAACGGACUACUUCGGCUUCGGCAGGUUUUGCAUUAGACUGCUAUAAAAAACUUACCAAAUCAGUCCGAUACCCUACACGUUCCAGUAUGCGAUACUUUACAGAUUCUUCCCCCACGUUUGUGCUGUCGGUGCACGAAGCAAAACCGGGUGGAUGAAGAAAACAUUAUCGUUUUCGAGCACAGUCUUUCAAGCACUCCUCCUAGUCGAGUACUCCUACUCGCUAGCAGGAACUCGCGUAUUCUUUUACUGUCGCUGAUUAGCAAUACAAAAGAGUUUUGUCGUGUCGAUGCGUGCUUGUUGCUAUUCAGGGGAAUGCAUGAAUAAGAAAGAGUAUCUCGAAAGCGUGUGUGUAAAAGACUCGAGUGCGAUGAAAUAACAAUAUCGCAAAAAGCAUAGAACCAUCAAAGUUUAUUGUCGACAUGCUUAGGGGCCAUCCACAUACCACGUGGACAGAUUUUUAACGAUUUUGACCCCCCCCCCCUCUCCCUCCGUGGACAACUGCCCGUAUAAAUUCUAAAAAAAAUAUAUGGACGUGGUAUGUGGAUGGCCCCUUAUUAACAAAAUGCUUCGUCAACAUUCCUUGGAAAUUCUGAAAAAACUUCCUCCUAUGCUAUGCUAUUGAAUAUUUUGUAAUAUUUAAUUUAAUUUUUUCUAUCCUCUACGUUUUGUUGAAUGGUUGACUAGUUUUCAAUUCGUCAAACCGUGUACAGUGCAAUAUUACACAAAGACGGCACGGGAAAGCUCUACAGGGUGUCACCCAGAAAGUGAUACACUUUAUUUAUGCCAUAAAAUUGAAACAGAUAGUUAUUUCUUCUCUGGUCCUUUUUCACUAUCAAGGUUGGUAGAGUAUUGAAGUUAUAGUUGAAUCAGUGCAAGUCAAAUCUUUCGACUUUGAUCGGCAUUUCAUCCAAGAUUUUCACCAAACGGUUUUUAAAAGUGACCAAAGUCAUGGAAAAUUUUCUUUGCACCACUUCUGAACAACCAAUGUAUUAUGUGAUAACGCUGAAUCUUGUUAAAAGCAGGAAAUUCAAUCGUGUGAGAUAUUUGUGUUAACAAGUUUCAAAGUUGAACGCCAUGCACAGACGUCAAGAGCAGACACCAACGCCUACUGUGACAUCAUAUAGUUUUGUGUCAGCGUAAAUUCGAAAAAUGUCUCAUCCAUCUAGUGCCCAAGUUAAUUUUUAGACGGUCUUCAGUCAAACCUCUGAAAAGCUUCAAUAGAUACUUAAAAAAUGUUUAUAAAGAUUUAUAAUGAUUUAACCGAAGUCCGUCUAAAAAUUAACUUUGGCACUAGAGGGUUAAGGUGUCAAAGCACUUGUCCAAUUAGACAUAUUGGAAAAGUUAAAGCUAUGUUCUUGCCAUUCUGCAGGCAAAGUAAUUAUUUCGACCGAACCUAACCUUACGUCGGACAAGCGAUUCAAGAUACAACUUGAAUAAAAUCUUCUCACCUUCGCCUGUUAAAGUGUAGCGUCAUGCGAUUAUUUAAGUCUUUUUUCGCCAUGACCGAUUUUUAAAUCAGUUCCGUAUUAACGUUGUUUGAGAUCUGAUAAAUAUUACAUUCUGGCUUUCUGAACAAUUAUAAAUUAUAUUAUAUCGGUCUUCUGAACAAUUAUUUGGACUGAGGAAACAAGUAAAAUAUUAAAUUUUUUUUCACUGCUGAAGACUAUCUUGUUUUUUUUUCGGAGUAAGCUUACCUGACAUAAUAACAAAACAUACACCGAAUUGCCCUUACCCGUCUUGAAGAGUUUUCGUCAAUUAGUAUUUUUUAGGUUCAUGUCAAAGAAAAAUUUACAUAGAGCAGCGCUUUGCUAGAAAUACAGAUGAGAAAAUCAGUAAAUUUAUCAUUUAACCAAUUUAGGAAUAACUAUUUUGAUUGUUUGCGCAGAUUUUUCAAACAAAUUGCUCCUAGAGUACACUAUAGGAAACAUUGAUUAAAACUAAAUUUAACGAAGAAAUAUAGCGAAUACCAAAUCUAGAUGUAUGGAAACGCUGUUAGAUGUAGUUUCAUUCCUUCAAUUAUAUUGGGCGUGAUAAAUAAUCAAUCAAAAACAAUUCGGGUCAACACUGGUAACACUGCAUGAACGUUUCUUGUAAAGCGUAACAUAACUGUUCCUACUUUGUUAUAUAUGAGUUACAUUUGUAAUUUUUAUUAAUGUUAUAAAACAUCAGAUAAGAUUUCAGUACUACAAUGUUAUAUUUGUAUUACCUUCAUCCAUGUUAUAGGGUAGUGUUGACCUGAAGCGAAUUAAUCUCAAGCUCAACUAACAACUCUAGAUCCCCCUGCUGGACGGGUAUUGAGAAUUCAGUAGCUGUAGUAACGGUUUCAUAAUACUAGUACCUAUCUGUACCAUCACAAGUCAACAGGAUCGUCCUGAUGGAAGCUUACCAUGAACUAAACCAGUGAUGCUUGCAUGAAUCAAAAUGGUAUUCACAGUGAAUGUAGAUCAAUAGAAGAUCACAAACAAAUACUAGAUUUAAGAAAGAAAAAUGGAUUUUAUACAGCAACAAUGGAAUUGCUCGUAAAUCUGGUUCCAUCUGUAAGUUAAGCACAAUAAAAUCAAGCAGUAAUUGAUGAAAUAUGGCGAUAGAUUUGUGAAGAAAAGUGGUUAAAACAAAAGUACCACCAAAAAAUUAGUACUUUAAGUGCCUACGCUUUCAGCCUGCUCGCUCAUGCUCUAUUUUUUGUUGAAAUAGUUCGUUUCACUCCAAAUUAUAGGGUACUUUGGAUAAAAGCUUUAAACUGGCAUGUCUGAAACAGACUUCCCAUAGUUUUAGUAGACGGCAUUAUUUGUCAACGAAAGUUCGAAUUUAAAGACAACGUGGAGGUUAUGUUUUUUGUGCUAUUGUAAAAUGAUUAAAUAAUUUCGAGUGAUCGAAAAGCAAAUCUUGAUGAUCCAAGGUAUUCUUCAUUAAAAUUUUACUCAAGAAAGUCCGUGAAAACGAUGAUAUACGGCAAAUUGGCUACGUCAAUUGGAAGUAUUUCCGCCAAACAGGCCUCUGAUGUGCUAAGUAAUGCUCUAAAUGUUAGCCUUGUCACAAGUUUAAUUUCACACGAUACCAACACAUCGAUAUCUUCGCAAGCUGUAUCUCUUGUUGUUUAUUGUGUUUCCGAUAGGAACUGUUAAAUUUAAUUUAAAUCCGUUGCACACUUUUAGGAAUCUAGCUGUCUAUAAGCACAUAAUCACAAGUCAACCAAACGCAACUGUACAUAUAAAAUACAAACCAAACAUACUUAAUUGUGAUAACAAAGCAGUACAGGAUGAACAAUUACAUUCACAGAAAGGAUAGGGCUCAAAUGCGCAGCGCAGAGAUUGCCAGUUUGAAACAAGUAAAAACAAAUGCUAGCGAACAAUUGCGUAUGAAAUAAAUUACGCAUCUAUGUUUGGAAAAAGCGACUCCAUUCGAAGAGAAAACUAACUUAGGCAACAAUAAUCUGAAUUCGGUAGACGGAGCAAUCCUAUGCUUAGCUGACUGAGGCACACGAGUUCUUCUGCAGCGCAAGAGGCACGUUUCGAUAUUCCAGCAGCUGUUCUGUACCCUACUGUGACAUUAGCACUGACUACACGUGACAAUUACUUCACAAAUAAAAAUCAAACUGGUUUACAUAGUCAAAA